ACCUGUCAAUUGUCGAGUUGUCAAGCUGUCCAAGUGGGAAGAAGACGCAAAGCAUGCUGGGUAGAGGCACGCUAACACAGCCAUCGUCUACGUAGUCGAAGACCGCAUCGUGUGGCAGCUGGAUCAGUCUUCCGCUCCUGACGCAGAGGGCAUCUACACACGGAGCUUAGCCACUCUGUGGUACACUCAUCCGAAUGACGCAAUGCUCACUUUUGCCGUCGUGUUCAGUCGGAGCACCCGACCGAUACAGCAUGAGCCGCUGUACGACCGCCAAGGCGCCCUGCGACAUGGCAUGAAUGUCGUUGCUGGUUCUGCCGCCAUGUCAGCAGGCUUCAUUGCCGAAUACAGGAAGCACGGUCGUGAGUAUAGAGUUCGUCUCGAAGAUGGUACAACAAGGCUUCGUCUCGAGGCGUUCGGUCAUAAAGUCUUACACUUCGACGGCACACAGAUUAAAGCGGCUGUGAAAAUCCUCAGGCCAUUACCGCGGUAUUUCAAUAACGGUGAACUGAAGGCGAAGUACCUUGUCGACGGACAUCUGCACGAAAGCAUGAAAGGCUUAAAGUUCCAUACCAUCUGGAACGCUCAGUAUGACGCUGUUAUUAUAGGCCCAGCCGAGUCACCAGCCUCGCAUGCUAGCUUCGCGCAAUUGACGAACAGCGAUAGUUGUGUUACAACACCCAUAUGCGAUCAAGAGCCCGCUCGGCCUUUGACUACCCUGCCGUACUCGGACAGCCUAGGCGGUCUCAAAGGGGUCUGCGUUGGUACAACCACUGAACGCAAUACCAGCAGCUCUUGUAGUCCACCAAGCCACCAGCGUGCCGCCGGUCAAGAUGAACCGAGCAUAUACGGCACGAACUUCAAAAGAAUAGCGCUAACGCUUCGAUUUUAACAGAUCAGCGCAAGCGACGCAAUGUAUACCCGGAGCGUAUCCAUGCAACAAGGAGUCGUUAGAAGCGCUUGGAUAACGCCAGGGCGGGCCAUUCUGUCGGUCUGCUC